AUGCAUGUAACUUUUAACGAAUUAAUUAUUUUUGUAACAUCUAAUUUAAUACUCAAUGUUUGUUCAUUGUUUCAGGUGUGGAUAUUCGGUGACCUCUGGUGCUCGGUAUGGCUGGCGGUAGAUGUGUGGAUGUGCACAGCCUCCAUCCUGAACCUCUGUGCCAUCUCCUUAGAUCGCUACGUGGCUGUCACACGCCCUGUCACCUACCCUAGCAUCAUGUCAAUGGGAAGGGCCAAGAUCCUAAUAGCCAGCGUGUGGGUGCUCAGCUUCGUUAUCUGCUUUCCUCCUCUAUUAGGGUGGCGAGGGGAAGAGCCUAUAGUCAACAGCACGUCUAGAGCUAGAGUGUGGUCUGCCAGAAACGAGACGGUUAUAUCUACUGGAAGACCACUGACACCUGGGGGCGCUACGAUCCUUAAUGUCCCCACCACUCUGGAGCCUCAAUAUUACCCACAAUGCCCUUGGAUCUGUGAGUUGACGGACGAGACGGGCUACGUGAUAUACUCAGCCCUGGGGUCCUUCUAUCUCCCGAUGCUGGUGAUGCUGUUCUUCUACUGGAGAAUUUACCGUGCGGCGGUCCAGACGACAAGAGCAAUCAACCAAGGCUUCCGAACGACCAAGGGAACGAGAGCGAUCGGAAACCGCUUCGACGAACAGAGACUGACUCUAAGGAUACACCGCGGGAGGGGUUCAGUGAUGCAGGGUAGCAGUGGAAGUAAUAGCACGACCACAACUAAUAGUACAGCCAACAGUGUUAACAAUUCUCCAGGUGGGGGGAAAUCCCCGGACACUAGAGUGCAUAGGGCCUCCAAUAGAAGGUCGGAAAAAGGAGCGAGUAGAACACACGAGAAAAUCAAAAUUAGUGUAAGUUAUCCUAGUAGUGACGCAAUCAGUUCUGUAGCGAACAACAAUACUUCUCCUCCGGGUGGCAGUGUUAACUCGAAGUCAGGGUCAUUUUCAUCCUCCUCACCGACGUCUUCGGGCCCUCAGUACGCCGUGCACUACCAGAACUCGAACACGAACACUCUGUUCCGGUCCAGUGAUGCCAACUGUCACCUCCGGGUAACAGGAGCGAGGCUGGCGACGUCACACAGACGAGGUCGCCGGAGCAGCACCAGUCCUGACAGUACCUCGUCCAGACCUCGACUUCUCGGCGAGUCGUUAAACUCUUCGAUAAACAAAGACCUUUCUCCGUCCCCCACCUUUGACGAGAGCAACCAGAAUGCAAAGCCAAAACUCAUAUCAAGAAUGGGUAAAAGAAACAUAAAAGCCCAGGUGAAGAGGUUCCGAAUGGAGACCAAGGCGGCAAAGACUUUAGGAAUCAUAGUCGGGGGUUUCAUAUUUUGCUGGUUACCUUUUUUUACGAUGUACCUGUUCCGAGCCUUUUGUAGUGAGUGCAUAAACGAUGUAGCGUUUUCCAUAAUGUUCUGGCUGGGCUACUGUAACUCCGCGAUAAAUCCAUGCAUCUAUGCCUUAUUCAGUAAAGACUUCCGUUUCGCCUUCAAGAGGAUCAUAUGCAGGUGUUUCUGCUCGAGCAAGCAGACGAGAAGGGAAUCCAGGUAUCAGAGGAGAGGUUCCGACGGAUCACACUUAGGAGUGAGGAGGUGCGAGCGGGACAGGAGCUCCUCGUGUAACAACAACGAUGCACCGGCCAACGCUACUCAUCACUCGUUGGGUGAGGACAGUGAGGGUAAUAACGAAGGCACGUCGGACUCGAGAUGACCCUCGAGUAAGGGGAUGACGCGGCCGCCCCAUAUCGCCGCGGCACUCGUCACGGAGAUGAUCAACAUCAUGGGAGUUCUGCCCUGACAACAGCAGGCCAACGACACUUCCAUCCCGCUGUAGUCAUUGGGACUCUAGGAAGCGUCGACUGAGAACGACCAUAGCAGCUUAUCCCUUCACCACACUACAAUUAUCACAAGUCUGACGAAUACAGAGUACAGCUCGAGGUUCUGUAGUGCAACGUCACUCCUAGACGAAAAUUGUGGAUCACAUGAAGAUCUUAGUUGGUCUUGGACCUACCGAUAUCCGACCGUAGUUACCGUAAUUAUUCCUGGUAUGGCCACCAUUACUUGGACAUCUCUGUUGACAAUAGAUCAACGUUACAACCAUAUUAGUAACCGUCUAUUGAUUGUACUGUUAACUAUAUUUAUACCGUAUAAACGUACGAGAAAUAGAAACAUAUACGUAAUACGUACAUCACAUUUAUUACGUUAAAGUAUGUUGUAAGUCACAAUGUUUCACAAGUCGUUAUUGCAAAUAAUUGAUCUCAUUUUAAACGUUCUUAGAAAAUGUAAUCUCCUUUCCUACUCUCAUUACACUAACCCUUAUUAAUAAUUUUAAGUUAUUUUAUUUCAACUGGUUUGUUAAGUUGUGAACAUCUUUUGUAAAAUUCUUGUAUUAAAUAUAUCUAAUACAUAGUCGUUUACUUUUAAAAUAUAUAACAAUCGUUGCUACUGUAUACUAUAAUGUAUGCAUAUAUUAAGAUGGAUAAAGCAAAUAACUCCUAAGACAAUUGACCCAAGCUCUACCUUAUUUCACAAUACCAAUGUAUGCCAGUUUCAAGAGAACAUUUAAUGUCAAUUUGCUUCUCACAAUGAGAAUUAGAAUAUUUUAAUCGGAGAAACUAUAAAUGGUAGUUUUUAUUUAUAAUCAAACUUAUUUAAAUUGUAAUUGCUGUACUUAAUACUUAUAUCAGAGGCUUACAGGUAAUUAACACAGUUUUUUAAGAAUAUAAGCCAAUUGAUUUAAUUGUAAAACUAAAUAGUUAAAUAUAUAUUUUCCAUCUUCACCGUUAAACGUAUAAAAAAGAAUGAUAAUGAAUGAGUGGUUAAGAAGGAGCAUUUUCUUGCAUUUAACCUUCUAAAUACGUAUGUAUACGAAAUUUUUUAAGAAGUUUGUAAAGAUUUUUCUUCUAUUUUCAUAGAAUAUUUCAGUACAUUACUAUUAUUAUAAAACAUAGAGAAUCUUGUAUAGUAGCUACACGGCAUAAGUUUAUUUUAGUAGAAUAAGCUUAUACACUCUGUAGGUUAUCUGCUGGGGCCUCCUCAUCAAUAGUAAAACAUUGCGUAUGAUAAACAUAUUAUACUACUGUAUUACAAGUUUACAGGAUUGUAGUUAGUCUGUUAUGGGUGGUCACGAACUCUAAAAUGAUAACUAAUACACUUAUUACAUUUUUUUAAUUAAAUUUUACCAAAUCAAUUUAUUAAAUUUUUAGAGUAAAUUAAUAACAUUAUGCAAUUCAUUCAAACUUAAUAACGCACUAGAACUGUAUAGCCUACUAGUAAUAAUUAGCGUAUAAUGGAGAAUGCAUGCCUUUUCAUAUAAAAACAUAUUUAAGUUUCAUAUUCGUUAUUAUAUAUGGUGUUUUGUAUUGAUAUAAAUCAAAGAAGCGUCGUACACACCUGGUUUUGAAGAUGUAUUCUCACUGUUUUAAUUGGUAACAAUUAUAUGAGAAAAUAAUUAAGAAGUCCGAUAUAUUUCAAUAUUUAUUACAGAAUUUCUAGUAUCCUAAUAUAUUAUGUACAAAAUUUAGGUAUUCUGUUCAAGUUUAAUAAAAUAUAAGUUAUAUAUUAAAUUCUAAUUUAUGAAAUUUUCAGCCAUUUCAGGAAGUUGUGAGGAGAUAUUUCUGCUAAUUUUAGGACAUUUGAACUAAUAUACUGAUUUGUCUGUGUUUUACGUAAUUCUUUGCGUUCACUCUAAGGUGAAAACAAAAAAGUAAUGUAACAUUAGACAUAAUUGUGUUAACUCAACGUGAUAACAAUACUAUGUAGGUAAUAAUUGUUUUGGACAGAGCGUAAUUUUAAGAAGCUCAAUAAAUGUCCUACGUACAUGAAUUAAAAAUGUUUAUUGCGUUUAAGAAGGGCUAGUUAGUUAUGUUACCCAUAAAAUGAUUGUUUGGUGGGAAAUACAAAGGUGUUGGCAUUAUUGCAUGCCAUGUUCAUAUGGUAAUUUACUGUUAAUAAUAAAAUAUAAAAUGAUUUUCUCUAAAUUAAAAUAAGAUGCUUGAAUAAUAGAUUUAAAUUAACCGGUUGAUGUUGUGGUUCUAUGUUUUCAAGGCAAACACUGUUUGAAUAAUAGUUUUACCUAGUAUAUUCUAUUUAUUUAAUAUUUUCUUAGUCCAAAUAAGUGUUUUAUUUUUUAGUUAAUGCUAUGAAUAUUUGUAAUUGAGGGAACGAUUCCACCAUUUACAUGAGUUUGAUGGAUUAUAGUCUGGAAUGAUGAAUGUAAUACUCCAUAACACUGUCUUGCUGUACUUAAUAUAUUAGGAUAUUUGUUUUGGAUCCGUACUACCGUAGAAAUACUGUACAGCUAUAAGAAUAACAAGAAAUAUACUACGUUUAUUUACGGUACUUUACUUAGGAGUGUAUCGUUAAAGAUAUGUGUGGGCCUCAGCAGAUAUGUAGUAUUCCAUAUGGAAGACUUGUCAUGAAUGUCUCUUUAUUCAUGCCAUGUUCUCGUUUGUAAUUUAAUCUUGAAAGUAAGAACUUCCUUAGUAAUUAGUAUAAGACUCUAAAUUUUAUUUACUACAGGUCAAAAAUGUGUAGUAUCUUUUUAUAAUCACGAAUGUGGGGAUUAUCAUUUAUGUUCAUAGGUAUUUCAAGAUGGAGGAAAGAUUAAUAUAAAUUAAUGUAAAAACACUUUUUAUUGAAAAAUGUAUUAAAUGACAUUUAACGAACCAAACUUUAAUUGGAAUUCAAAAUAAAGAUGGACUACAUUGAAUUUAAACUUUUAACCUUUUGAUCAUAAUUCAAUAUAACUGUUAUACAUUAUAUAAGAGAAAUAUGAGAAUAACAUUCAAUAUAUUACGGAAGUUGGUGUUCACACAAGCCCGAAUCGCACCAGAAUAAAGAGACAUUCAGUAAGUGCAAUAUACAGUACUGUAGUUUGUAUCUAAGUUCAAGUUUGGCCACUGUGAGGGCCUGAAGCGUGCAGUUCUAAAUACAAUAGUUAUACAUGAACCUAAGUCUGGACAAAUUUUAGCAUCUAGAGAUCAGAACGCUAAGUGUAAGAAAGCCUUCUUCAGAUGGACCGCUGAAAAAUCGUGUUUGUGAGUUUUUCAAGAAAACGUCACUAAUGUUCUUGAAUUAAAUGUAAUCUUUCCUAAAUAUUUUCUUGUUUAUUGUAUUAUUUAGGAUUAUAUGGAAAAAUAAUAGGUGGAUUAUUCUUCUAAAAACCAAACAAAACCGCAAUUUUCUAGAAACAAUCAAAUUUAGUAUGGAAUUAUUGUAUGUUGACAACAUCCUAAUGAUAAAGUUUAAAAUGUAACUUCUUCACAUCUAUAAAAGAGUAUUCAAUACAGGUUUUCUAGGCUGGUUUUAUUCAAUUAAAUAUAUUUCCAAGAACAAAAUGUAUAAGUUUUAAAAUAUUAUCAGUUAUUUACAUAUGAUAUUUAAUCCAGUGAAUUAUUCAGAAAAUUCUGUAAUUCUAAGAUGACAUCAAGCUAUUUAUUGGACAAAGAAAGAUAAAAUCAGAUUACUUUCAAGCUUUAUGACGAUUGUAAAAAUUGAGUACGUUUCUUAUUGGUUGUAACUUAUUUGAUCUUAUUUUAAUAUAAAAUUUGCACCUCAACCAAAAUAAAUAAAAAUAUAAUUUAUCGGAACGUGUGUGGGAAAAUUUACUUGUUUUUUUAUUCCUGCCCGGAAAUUAAAGUAAUUAUAAACAAUUCUCAUUGCAAUGUAUUUAGUUAAAGUAAAGAAAGUUUAAAAGUUUGGAAAGUGUUCUCUGAUAUACGUUGUUAUAUUUGUUUAUGUAAAUUCCCAUUUGGUUUUAAAUAUACUCAGUUUUUAAACACGAGUAUCAAUUAUAAGUGAAUGCAUCUCAGAACCCAAUUAAAUAUGGUAAUGUCUUAUUUUUAACAGUAGAAUAGUGAGUAAAAUUUUCUUUCUUUGAAAAUGUCAUGCAUGUUUAAAACUUAAAUUUUACUAAGGAAUGUAUUUAAUAUUUACUGAUAAUAAAAAAAGGUUAGGUUUGAUUAUUAAACGUUUUAAAAUUUUAUUUAACUUUGCCGUAAACAAUGUUUGUAUAUUUCAUUUGAACCAAGCAGAUAAUGCAGUAGUCUCAUUAAUAAAUCUCUUCACAAAAGGAUCGGGUUUUAAGUGCAUUAACUAUAGAAGUAUGUUAAAAAUAUCAUGGCAUAGAUAAUAUUAAUUACUAACAAGAAAAAAACAAUGGUGAGAAGGUUAUUCUUCCCUUUUGACGCUUUGUUUCCUGGAAAUUAAAGCAUAUCCGUCCAUACAAUUUAAAUAUUUUUAAACAUGUGUUCCUGAAAAUGUCAUAUUACUAUGGUUAAAACCAUUUUAUUUUACCUGCCUGCUUAACCUAUUCCUCAGAAAUAUAACAAACUCACGUCCAAAUUCAGACUAUAAAGGCCGUUCUAUAGGAUUACCAGAAGUUACUUUUUUGUCAAAGUAAAACCAGCGGCUUUCCCAUCCGGAGGAGGCUUUCAGUUCGACUCUGUAAAUUUGUCGACAUAAUUAUAUGUAGAAUAGUUUAAUUUGGUUUGAAAAGAUCAGUACUGAUAACGGUGAAGCACAGCGUUGUGAAACUUUACAUCAAUUAUUAUAUAUUAUAAAUAUUUUAUCAAAACUUUGUCUGUGUAAUUCGCCGCAACUGUCUCAAAAUAGUGUAAUAUAAUAAUUAUUAAUGACAAAAUACAGUUUACUUUUAAAACAUAAUCUAUACAACAAACAAACUGAUAUUAGUGUCAGUUUGACUUGAAUAUUGAUUAGUUUAUGAUAUUUUUAUAAAGUAAUAUCUAGAUACAUUUAUUGUAUUUUAGUUGCAUAAAUUUUAGUUUUGUAAAGGAGUGUUUGAUGGAUUGGAAAAAAACCAGGUAUGUUUGUUUAUAAUGUUCACCGCAAGGUUUCAUGACUUACUACUAAAUGAUAAAUGAUUUUGUAUUAAGUAAAUGAAAUAAUUAAGAAAAUGAAAGAAAUUUGUUGUAAUUAGCUAUUUGAAUUCUCAUAUACAAAAUUUAUAUUUUCGAGAAUUUAAUAGCCAAUAUUAUGAAGCAUAUAAGUUUGAACUUUAACAGGAUUGUGUAAUAAUAAUAGUUUUUAAAUUUUCGUUCAAUUUAUCUAGUGCUAAUAUAACAUUUUAGGUACCCAAUAUUCGUGCUGGGUUAUGUUUUCCGAUAAAUUUCCACACUUUUGUCAAAAUCCUGUGCAUUGAAACAUGUGUAAAGAAACUAUCUCAGAAAAUUCAUCCAUGUCUCUUAAAACUAAAUAGUUUCAUCGUUUAUACUAUUUUCCCAGCGAACUGGGUUUGUGUUUGAAUGCCUAGAAUAGUUUUUAUUGCACAUUUGUCAAAAUAUACCUAUUUUAAGUACGUUUUCAGAUCAAAUGGUAGUAAGUAACUAUAAAACGUUAAUCGUAAAUCCUUGUCGGUGCAGUGAGAGAAUCUUCCCUGCAGCGUAAAUGAAAAAGGGUUAUUCCUUUUGUAAUAAUUGUGAGUCCUCCUAUUUAUUUAACAGUCUAUUUAUUAUACUUUAAAAAAUAUCAAUGUAUUUCCCUAAAUAUUUAUAAGUAUCAUUCAGAAUUUACAACUUAUGUUUAUUGAUUUGAAAUCUAAAUUGAAUUUUGAUUGUUCUUUAAUUAAUUAACCCUAAUAUUAGACAAUUAAUGCAUUUCAUGCAGGUCUCUAUACCUGAUAUUACUUAGGAUUAACAUAAAACCUGUGUUAUUAUAUUUCAAUGCUUAGUUACUAACAUUUAUUAAUAAUAUAAAUAUAUGAUUCGUCUUCAUUCAAACUUAAGUUGAUAUAAAAUUGAUUUUUCACUCUAUAUCUUUCAGUAGAAGUUUGAUAUUUAAUGCUAUUUCCAGUUAUUAUUUAAUGCAUUUAAAUGUACGUCAAUCUAGUAAUAAGACCUAAACCAUGUAUUGUUCACGUAAACGUUAGGUAUUAUUUUUUGUGAUGUACUUAAAUGAAGUGUUUAUUCAUUUCAUGUCAUUCAUCCAUUCAUAUGUGAUUAUCAAUUUUAUUCAUUGUAAGAUAUUUAGUUUUAAUUCUGCAGUAUAAGUAUUGCAAUACUAUAUUAGACGUAUUGCAAUUAUAGAAACUCGUUAAGAAUAAUAUAAAUAUAGUUAACAUUACAAACGCGUUCCAAACAUGUUACAAAUAGUCACCAAGCUGCAUCGUAUCAGUGCAACUGUUGUAAUAGACUGUUUCUGAAACAUCUAAGGGUGGUAAAGGUAUUCAGCCACUGUCGAAGUACGAAGAACCUAACUUAUACCACUAUAUUUAUAUCUUAUAUAGUAUGAUAUUUAUAUAAUACUCUUGUAUAUGUAUAUGAGUUAUUUAUUUUUGAUGUAAACUCUGUAACAUAAUUGAGAUAUUUCAGAUAUGUCGUCACAAUAUACAGUUUGUACUCCAAGUCCAAGAGUACCGUCACGUGAAAUUAAACGGGUAUUGUUGAUUCAUAUGUCAAUAAAAGUGUAUAAAUACUGUUAAGUUGUGUCUAUACUCACCUUCACUAAUCAAAAUUGAGGGUAAAAUAUAAUGAUUGAAGGUUUCAUUUCACUCUA